GCUGUCGCGAGCCCUCGACUGUUGCAGUUUAAUCCAAUACCCUUGGCAGCAAUUAUUGGUCAUCGCUCUUGUAAGCAGAUUCUAUUGAGCCACACAUACGCCAUGUAGCGCCCAUGAAAACUGCCUCUGGCGCUUACUGAUGCAAAGCGUUCCGGAUGUAAGGACUACUACCAACUAUGAUGCAGCUAUUGAUAGAACUCCAGAAGGCAGCGCCUGUCGUUGGGGUGAGUACGGCAAUUUAGCUAUAAUAGACGCCAUGGCCACUCGACCUCGUCUUCUUGCCAGGUGGGAUCUGAACUUCGUACUCUUUUGUCGCUCCACCACCCUCUUUCAAAUCAUGUCCCUCGCAGAUCUUCAACCCAACAGGCUGUACAUUCUCCUUUUCAUCAGGCAUCAUCCCCCCAUUCCGAAUGACUUUCACUGGGGACUUUAUUUCCAUCGGGACAGCCGCAGGGGCGGCACGAAGUAUCAUAUCAAGCAACAAGGAAGUGGCUGGAUUUUCGCCCACGGACCUACUUCUGGGGUGUUCAAAUCUUUUCUUUUGGUGGGACUCUUUGGAAUUGCUGAUGUGCCCGGUGGUUGGGAGGAUGCCCUGGAUCAAACCAUCCGGACAUACGAUCAUCAGUUGAACCAGCCAGCCACCACCUGCCGUGUCUGGCUUUUCCGGGUGCUGGCUCUUUUGCAGAAUGCCCAUGUCCUGAAGUGCACGAGCCUUCAGGAAUUGGAGGCUGAAGCCAAGAGCUGGGGGAAUGCACAUGCGAGCGAUGCUGCCGACAAUCUUCAGCCGAGGCCGUUCGCCAAUUCAUCCCUGUGCGGACUGUGAGCAACCUCCUCCACCCCCAUUCCACUUGGAAAGCUUGGAUAGCGCCCAGCCACAGAUGUUGUCCGAUUUGCAACAGAUCCUAGGCGUCGUCGCAAGUUUCGUUUAUGCAUUAUAAUUUACCGGGAGGGAGAGUUGAUGGUGAUAUACUUGUCUCUGGCCUCUGAGAGAUGACAUGAGAUCUCAAUGUAUCCGUAGAGUAUGAUGAAGCUAGUCCCCAAUGAUCGCCCGCCAAGACUCUUUGGAGAAUUCCGACCAGACACCACACAUCCAUGUGCCUGACACCAGGUUGAUAAUCUCAACGGGAUUGUCGGACAGCAUCACCAAUAAUAUGAAGCGCUUGUUAGAGAGUUCA